AUGGCUUUUGAUAGCCUGGAUUGGAGGUUCAAGGGUACAAAAUAUGAGACUAUUCCAGGACAGUGCUGUGGAGAAUGUGUUCAGAAUGGCUGUGUGGUUACUUUGUCCACCGGAGAGAAGGUGGUUUUAUCAGAUGGAAAUGAUAUUGCUGAUGAUAACUACUGUACAAAAUAUCUUUGUACUCAAGUAAAUGGUUUCUACGUCACCAAUAUUGAAAGAGACAUCUGUGACUAUAGCAGCAGUGCAGACUGUGGACCUGGUCAGGAGUUUGUGAAAGAUCCAGGUCAGUGUUGUGGAAGAUGCAAACAAACUCAGUGUGUGGUUAUUUCUGCAAAUGGAACUGUCAUUCUCCUGAUGGAAGAACAGACAAUUCUCUCACCUGAUGACAAAUGUAUAUCCUACACCUGCAUGAUCUCAAUGGGGAAUCUCAAUGCUGUAAAAGAAAAGGAAAGAUGUGAGCAUCAAUCUCAGUCAGACUGUGGAAUUGGUCAGGAGUUUGUGAAAGAUCCAGGUCAGUGUUGUGGAAGAUGCAAACAAACUCAGUGUGUGGUUAUUUUUGCAAAUGGAACUGUCAUUCUCCUGAUGGAAAAACAGACAAUUCCCUCACCUGAUGACAAAUGUAUAUACUACACCUGCAUGAUCUCAAUGGGGAAUCUCAAUGCUGUAGAACACGUGAAAAUCUGUGAACUUCAAUCUCAGUCAGACUGUGGAAUUGGUUACCAGUAUCAAAUACCCUCUGAUCAGUGCUGUGGAAAAUGUGUGCCAACAUCUUGUGUAUACAUAACUCCAGAUGGAAAGACCAUACUCCUAAAAGAAAGUGAAAAUUGGAAAUCUGAUGACAGUUGCACCACUGUUACUUGUCAAAAAAUAAAUGGGCAAUUUUUUUCAUCUUCAGCGACAGAGACGUGCACUUACACCAGUGCAUCAAAGGACUGUGGACUUGGUUAUGUAUACCAGACUGUUCCCAAUCAGUGCUGUGGAAACUGUGUCCAGAAUUCAUGCGUGUUCACUACAGCUAAUGGAGUACUUACAACCCUAGAGGAUGGAAAAACCUUAUCUGAACCUAGCGACAUUUGUAUAGUUUAUAACUGUAAGAAGACAAAUGGACAAUUUUUAACUUUGGCAGAAAAGAAGAUAUGUGAGCACGUGAGUGCUCAGGACUGCAAAACUGGAGAAGAAUAUCAGAAGGUCCCUAAUCAGUGCUGUGGCCAGUGUGUCCAGACACAAUGCCUGAUUAUAGUUGCCGGCAACGUUAACAAAACUUUGAAUGUAUGUUAUUAA